GAGUCGGACGACGCCAACGAACUAUAAAAAGAGACGGAAUUCUACUGGAAAGACAUCAGUUUGUAUUCAGCUGUACUAAAACAUCUAAAACAAACAUGAAGGUUUUUAUCAUCGUCGCAUUGAUGGCUGUUGUCUCAGCCCAAGGACCUUACAAGCCAUCCUCUAAUUCGGUGGCUCCGUACAAAUCUGAAUACCCGUCUUAUAAACCUGGAUAUCCUGCUCCGGCUUACAAACCUGCCUACCCUACGCCAAGCUACAAACCAGACUUUCCUUCCCCCAAACCUGAAUACCCAGCACCAACUUACAAGUCUGAAUACCCUUCUCCAGCUUACAAACCGGCCUACCCAUCAAAGAGCUACGACUACCCCCCAAUGCCGUACAAGUUCGAAUGGGCCGUUAAGGACGAUUACACUACCAACGAUUACGCCCAUGAAGAGACCAGUGAUGACAAGGGUCAAGUAACCGGCUCUUACCGUACUCUCCUUCCUGAUGGUCGUACUCAAGUGGUCAACUACAAAGCGGAUGACUACACUGGAUACAUAGCUGAUGUCAAGUACGAGGGAGAAGCCAAGUACCCCACUGAAUAUAAACCAGCUUACAAGGCUGCCUACCCCGAGCCAGCGUACAAGCCAGCCUACUCCGAGCAAGGAUACAAGCCUGCCUACCCUCAACCUGCGUACCCUGCUCCAGCAUACAAACCCGCCUACCCAACAGCCAAGUAUCCAGCCUACCCAGCUCCUAUAUACCCAGCCAGAUAUUAGAAUAGAAUGUCAACCUAAACACAAGUGUCAAAUUCAAAUAAAAAAUAUUUUAAUAAAUCAUAAUGUUAUGGUGAAA